GGGGGCUGCAGGACCGGCGCUUGGGGAUGCUGCAAGUUAGAUAGUGCCUCGGGUGCUGCAGGGCUUGGCUUUGGGGGUGCCCUGGGGGUACCCGGGAGUCUGGAGGUACCAUGGGGAUGCUGCCAGUGUGUGCCCCCCCGGGCAGAGCUGCGGCACUGGGGUGUAGCCGGGGGGGCUGAGUGGGUGCACCUCAGUUUUCCCGUCCCUGGAGCGGGCACCCGGGCGCUGAGGGGCCGCGGCCCGACGCCCCAGCCUGGCUGCCCCGCCGCGGAGUUGGGGGCCCGGCCGGCGGCUGGCCUCCCCUGCAGCAGGCGGGGCGGGGGGCGGCAGCGCCGGCCCGGGCAAACUCCUCCCCGCUCGCCACCCGCCCGCCGGCCGGACCCGCCUCGGCGCUCCCGCUCCUCCGCACCGGUGGUUCUUCUUCUUCCUACUAUUUAUUAUUACCGCCGCUAUCACCAUCGCUGCCCUCCUCCUCCGCCGCCGGUCCUGCCCCCCGCCCGGCCCACCCCGUGCCCCGCCGCCGCCGCCGCCGCCGGACCCGGCUCCGCUGCCGCCCGCUGCCCGGCCGGCGCCCAGGUCUGCCGGCAUCUCCCCGUGGCCAUGCACCGCUGCCUGUCCCAGCUGGCCAUCCCAGUGCCAGUGUGACCGUGACGCCCUGCCUGUCCUUUUCCUGGGUCUAACGCCUCCGUCACUGAACAGUUUGAUGGAGAAUCGGUCGGAUGACAGCAGGAACUGUUGUUAUCACCGGGGGAAUCCUAGCGACAGUGAUCCUACUGUGCAUCAUUGCCGUGCUCUGCUACUGUAGGCUACAGUACUAUUGCUGCAAGAAAGAUGACUCUGAUGAGGAAGAGGAGGAGGAGGAAGAGGAAGAGCCCGACCUUCCCAUGCACUCUCACCUCGGUAUGUGCAACGCCUGCAGUUCCCACAUGGUGGAUGGCCAGGGCAGCCCCGCGCCCCCCACAAGCGAGCUCAACCAGCAUGGGGCUCACAACUACUGCCCGACCUGCUCCCCUUACGGCUCCCCCUUUUACAUUCGGACUGCCGACAUGGUGCGCAACGGGGGCGAGAGGGUCACCUACACCCCUGCAUGCUACAAGGAGAUAGGGCCACCCAUCAACAUGGCCACCCUGCAAAGCUACCUGGUGAGCCGCCACAGCUUCCCGAACCCGCGGGCUAUCAGCACGGAGGUGUAGUCACCAUCACCACUAGCACAGGGUGUUCCCGGCCGGCACCCACUCGAGGGAAGGGGCUUUUCACUUGUCUUUGGAGGGGGGUCCUGCAGAGAAGACCCCGUAAGUCCAGCCCGAGACCAGUACGGUCCUCCUGCUGAACCACCCAGCGCAGCUAAGUUUUACGGGCAAGAAGACAAGAGAGACCUCGAAGGCCAACAUUGAACCGGUCACCUCCAAACCCAUCAUAAGUGUCAUUAUUAUUCUACUCUAUCUCCUGAGGGGACUUGUCUAACGAGGGCUAUGUACAGUACAACCUAAUUUAAUUACCCCAGGAUCCCCAACUCCCCAAGCCCAGAGCAAGGCCUUGGGUGUCCCCAUGCAGCCACCUGAGGCGAUGCCCGCCACCUCCAGCAUGCAGAGCGAUGCGUGACCACCCACCAGCUGCUGCCCCUGGCAAAUCCCACUGCUGAGCUGGGAAUGGCAGCACUCCUCGCCGACGGGAAAGCAAAGAAAGGAAGAUCCGGAUCAUCCUGCUUCCCUCGUACUGCGUUAAUUGCCGCUAGCAGUUAGCUUUCAUGUUUGAGUGUAAGGUAGGACACCUUCUACCACCCGCUUCAGUCUUUGCACAUUCUGAAGAAGUUCACAAGAUGAAUUUAUAUCACUGCCGAGGGAGGCAAAGUUGCUCACAAAACCAUUCACCCACACAAAUGGUCACAGGAUGAUCCUUCUGCAGCCAAAGCCCCCACCUCUUCCACUCUUCACAAGCUUUCUUAGGAGUGAUUUUAACUUGGACCCAUAAAAAUAGCAAGAUUUUACUUAUGGGAAGAAUUGCAUCCCUAAAUAACUGCAGUUUUGGUCACCUUCAGCUUUCAAAGACCUAGCCAGGCCACCCUGACAGCUCUGGACAGCCAGAGGAAGGUUGGCUUUAGGAUGGCUUUUGCUUUUGACAGCAACAGCAGAGACCACCAGGUCACAUCUCCUCCUUUGCGGGGCCCACAACUUCCCAUGGGAGAGUGACGUUCCAUUGGUCAGGAUCCCCUCUUCUGCAUUUGGAAGAUGAGGGUGCAAGAACCAAACUUGGGUUCACCGGCUCUGUGGCUGAUAAUGACAGCCAGUGACUCUGCCUUUCUGCAAAAAAUGAAUGUGGGAAAGUUCCUUCUGCCUCCAUAAAUCAGAUUAGGUGAAAAAUUACUAAAAGGACAUCUCCAUCGUUCACAGGCACUUCCGUAGCAACUGGUGCAGGACCACUCGGCUGAGCACUUCACAGUCAAUGCGGGGAGGAAGGACCUGGUCAGCAACGAUUCCCACAGCCCUGCGGAUGCUAUUGGAGGCAGUGGCAGGAAAUGCUUGCUAUGCCUUUGCAAUAUAGGGUACCACUGCUCAGAAAUUUGAGUGGUGGAUUGGGGUUUUUUUUCACCACCACAAUUUAGAAAUCACCCUGCUGCUCACAGAAGGAUUUGGACUUAACAUCUCUUUUCAUGCACAGAAGUAAGUCUUCGCAUAGAGGCACAUGCUACAUGAGCCUUGAAUGUCUACGUUAUCAGGCAAAAGGCUAAUUCACACUUUGGACCUGCCCAUGCCUUGGCACCUCUGCACCAACUACCCGAAGAAAGGAGACAGACAAAUGCGAAAUGUGGUGGCAGUCGUUGUAACCAAACACCUUACCCCAGCCUGCAUUUUACACAGCCUUUCGUGCAAACUUUAUGCACCAUCUCCCCCACCUCCGGGCCUAGAAAGACAUUGUAUUUCCAUUAUUCUGAGACUCAGCCUAGCUGCAUUGCUUUUAGAGUCUCCUUCCAUUCUCCAAAUAGUGAUACCAGGUUUUAAAUGUCCUCUCACAUUAAGGGCAGGCAGGAGGGAAGACCAAAGUUAGCAGCAGCAAAGCUCUCUGGAUCCCACUGGGCAACAGUCCAUAGCUCCUACUGCUUCCCAUCCAGCCAGUACAUCUUCCUGAAAGUAUCUGGAAAAAAUAUCUUGUGUAAGUUGGUAAAUCCCGUCCUUUCCCACUAGAGCAUCUGCUCAGCUAGGUCUCAUCCUGCUGGAAGCCACAAGAAGUUAGUAUGUCCCAGCGUGAUCUGCAGGCUGCCACCUGCACGGCUCCACCAGACGGCCCUGUGAUGCCAUCGCCUCAAAGGGCGCAGAGCCAGCUCAUGGGCAUGGCGGCUCCCAGCAUUCAACUCUAUCUCUUGGCAUGCAGCAAGACUUCCCACCACGACGACAGCACAUGCCAGGCCAUGACCUCCGGAGGGUGGGAAUAACGCAGGGGCUUUUGCUUGUGCUUCCUUUCACCUUCCUUUUCUGGUGAAAGGAAGGCAACCGCAUCAUCGUCACACGCACAUGAAGCAUGACGUGUCACUGGCUAACGAGGUGCCAAGGCUGGCAAAGCAGUUCCAGAGUAGCUGGAUGGCCAAGAAGAGGGUUAGCCUCACAGGCAACACAUCCUCCUGGGUCUGGCACAGCUACAGGGAAACGGGCGAGUCUGAAAGGGCUGGAAACACAGGAGAUGCAGCUGUGGGUUUGAAGGCUUUGGGGAUGGUAGAAGAACAGGAUGGGGUAGAAGCAGGGAUCCCAGAUUUUUUCAACUUCAGAUUCCUCCUGUUAUUAUUCUAUGUCUUCGUUGCUCAGCUAUGGGUCCAAAUUCAAUGUCAGAAAUAAAUGAGGACUUUGAAAUACAAA